AUGGCAGCAAACCAUCAUGGCAUAUUACACGAAGAAAACGACAGUGAAGAUGGCCAUCAUGUACACUUUCCAGAGGAUAUCAGUGCCAACACAGAAAUUCAAAUACAGAUGAAAGGAGACUCAAUAGCCAAUGUUCACUUAGGCUUCCUCCAACACAAACACAAGUAUCAGAUACAAUUAAACCUUCCAAUUUCACCCAAGUCUACCUCACUGACACCUAUAAUCAAUACACCUUUCAUAGCAGUAGGCAAUGUUAACAGUCCAGGAGAUGACAAAUGUCAUGAGGUCACACUGGAGCUUGAUGCACACAAAGAAGGUCUUCUUAGGGACAAAUUUGUGCUAAAAAAUGAAGCUGGGGAAGAAUUUGUUAUUGUACUUCAUGCACGGGUUCUUGGAUCUCAUAAAGGAACUCCAAUGCUGAAGGAGGGUAUACACUGCAUACACCAUGCAAAAGAUGAGGAGGAGGAUCACAGCGAUUGGCAGGGCUUUGAUUGA